UGUACGGUGGGGUCUAAUUUAGAUAGUAGCCUGGACCAAAGUACUCAUCUCUUUAGUGUUUAUUUCCAAGCCUAAGUAAGUCUCUUCCUUUAUCCUUAUGUCCGCCAUGAUCAUUCCCUUGCGGUCCUUCCGGUAGCUGCCUCCCACUGGUCCCUUCUGUUAAACGCUGUGAAAGCAUACCUAAAGUCUUGCAAGUCCAAGUCCGCCCAAUCUCUCCCACUCAUUGCAACAGCAUGCAUAGAUGCUUCUACCGGUACUCACGAAUCGCCUCCGUCCCUUACGUCUCCCCAUCUCCCAUCCGACGUCGUUCACUCGCUUUUCAUCUGGCCAGUAACAAGCCACGGCCUCCAUUCCCUACCCUCAUAACCUGCCCUGUUCACCCCCGUCUUAUUCUCCCAUCCUUCCAUCCUGCCUUAAAGCAUCAUCGUCCCCCGCUCCGCCUCACGCCGACUCACUCUCGCUGCUCGCGUCCGCGGGGCAACCAGACAACCCAACAAGCAUCCAACACCCGAUCCGGAAGGUCCCCAGGUCCCCCCCCAUCAUUCCCGCGAGACCCACUACCUAUCCCCUGGACCGGGAAAGAAACACAACACAACACAACACAUACACUCCCGGUGUUCUUCCGCAUCCUCCCCUUCUCCCGGCGCCCCGUAAAAACCCUCGAAAAACUCAAAUCACCCCCCCAUCUCAAGAUCUCGAUCUCGAUCGCGAAAGUUCCGAAACAUCCAACAGUUUUCCCGACCUUGCACACACCAAACAAGUUUCGGCGAAGACACUCACUGCGUCCAUCGGUAUUACAAACGGUCACUGGCAUGAUCCGAGAUAAAGGUCGGCCAAAGCAGUAGAUUUACCAAACGAGGGUUCGCGGACAAGAGUAAUCUUGGUAUAGCAGCAGCAGCAGCGACCGAUCCAUACGCUCCUGUCCCACAAACGUUCUAUUUUCAGCCAACAACACAACCCACCCCACCCGCUAGUAACCAGUACAAUAUGUCGUGUGAGCGCACUGCCAUAUCCGACAACCUCCGACUUCGCUGCCUCCGCAAAGUCGCCUGCCGGGAGAUGGAAUGCGCCGAGGGGAGGGGAUGACGAGAU